AUGGCAGAUCUUAAGGUCGACAACCCUCAGAAUACCGAACAGAGAAGAUCAGAUAGUGUACAGACUACCAGGUCCAGCUCUGAUUCGACUUUGUCGUCUGAUAUGGACUCUAUAUUUUCGAGAGCGUGGUGCCAUAUGCUGGAGCCUGUUCGUCCGUCCGGGUUUGCUGAGCUCGAGCUACUUAUCCUAACCUUUUGCACGGGUAUGCAAGAUGCCAUCUCUUUUCCCGACUACCACUGCUUCGCAUCAAACCAGACAGGAAAUACGGUUUUCCUCAUGCUGGCUAUCAUACUACCUCAUCUUAACGGCGAAAUGUUUAUCACGGCAAACAUUGGGUCAGCUCUGGGUUUCUUCCUCUUGGGUGGAUGGUUGACAGGUCAGAUUAGCCACCUCGUUGGCCCACGGCUAAGACUCUGGCUCGUCUGCUGCAACUUCAUCCAGUCAUGCUUGGUAUUCGGAGCAGCGGCUAUGCAAUACCAACACGGAGCAGGAUUAAAGGGUGGCGACGCCGUGAUAGUUGUGGGACUUCUGGCAUUUGCUUCUGGGAGCCAGGUUGUACAGUCGCGAUCCCUCCAGAUGACGGAGAUAAGCACAGCGAUGGCUACGGCCGCGUGGAUCGACCUGCUAAUCGAUCCUAAACUCUUCAAGUUAAAUAAUAGGCCACGUACAAGGCGUGCCAUGUUUCUCGCGACGCUUGUCCUCGGGUCACUCGCAGGUGCAGGUAUUUACCGAUCUGCCGGAUCUUGGGUAGCCAUUUUGGUAUCGGCUGCUGGGAAGAUGCUUGUGACGGGAAUGUAUUUAUUCAACGGUGCUGAUAAACCCAAGACGACGUCCGGCCAAGAUGCUUGCUAG